UUUGUAUUCGGUUUCAGCCGUCGUCGUUCCACAGCACAUGUUUAGUGCUAUAUACCCCAUCCGCACUGCAAUUUUUUCUCCUUCCCUACCAUCGUUUUCUAAACAACCGUCGAAUCGUCUGUUAUUAAGUCCGCUAAUAUUUGCAAGAUAGCUUAUGCGUAGAAGGAUAUCAAAUGAAUUUUUUUUGAACUCUUGUGGUAAAAUACGUGAAGUGCACAUUCGAAAAGUUAUUUUGGCAGUUUACGCGUCAUGCGCAUUGCGUAUUCAUGAGACCAGCAUGAGUGAAUAAUAUCAUCUGUUCAGUGCUGUCCAACGCCAACCAAGUGCUUUAUCGCAGCCUAUCGUCAUGACGAUGUUACUUCGUACACAGUUGGUUCAAUAGAUUGUACACAAAGACGAUUCGUCGCGUACGUGGAUUUGUUUUUAAUUCGUUAAAUCUUAAUAUCGAUUACAAACAUGCUCUCAGCCGAUCCACGUAUGAUAUUCAGAUUAUUCAACUUAUUUUACCUGCUUACGAGACCCUUCCUCAAGUGGAUCUUGCACCGCUUCACCAACCUAUGCGAGCUGCAACGGAUUUGCUAUGGCUGUUCCCCAGGCGCGUUACGAACCAAAAAGGUUCAAACUUCGCUGGAAUUAUCCAGAAAACCGAAAAUCAAACAGAUGAUUGUGAUUCUGAACGAACUAGUCAAUCGAGAUGUCGAUGAAUACUUCCUGUUGGAAGAAAUCCACACCCGAGCAGUCGGAACCGUUCUUCAAGUCAAGAAGAUAAAUCCCAAAGUGCACAUCGAUUUUCCGAGGACUUUUGGGGUAUGUGCGGAGAAGAUCUGGAGCUACAAAAGGCUGUUCUGUUUGGUGGAGCAGCUAAGAAGCACCCAGUAUGAUGCGGAAAAUCCCGAACACGAGCAUAAACUUCUAUCAUUGUGGGACCUGUUGAUGAGCGGGGAAGAGAAGUUGGAUGAUAGAAUUUCAAAUCAGUGGCAAAAUAUUGGAUUUCAGGGAGACGAUCCAAAGACUGACUUCCGUGGAAUGGGGAUCCUCGGGCUGGACAAUUUGGUCUUUUUCGCACGCGAAUACAACGGCGCUGCGCGACAUCUACUGUCGCACUCGCACCAUCCAACGCAUGGAUACUUCCUGGCCAUCGUUGGCAUCAAUCUCACAUCCAUGGCUUACCAUCUACUUAAAUCUGGCGUCGCGCGAACGCAUUUUUACAAUCAGCCUCGCCUAACGAUCGAAUCGUUUCACCACUUUUAUUGUUAUUUGUUUUUCGAGUUCGAUCGCUAUUGGGUGGAAUGUAAACCAAAGAGCAUAAUGGACUUCAGCUGGAUACAGAAAAAGUUCGAGGAAAACAUCUGCAAAUUGUUAGCUAGUAAUAGUUGCUGUUUCAAAAUGAAUCUGCUAGUUGAAAACAUCUGAUCCAACUCACUUAAAUAAUGUUUUAUGGAGUUUUACGGUUUGAAGCUUGAAUUAGUUGAUGCUUGUUUGCACAGGAAAUAUGUAUUAAAAUGAUAGAGUGAUUAAUCGUU